AAGACUUCAUUGAUCCUCAUUUUCUCUCUCAUUUUCUUGUCAGAAAAGAAAAGAGAAGAAAAGAAAAUCACAAACCAAAUUCUCUUCUCUCAGACAGAGAAGCAAAUCAAAUUCCAUCACUAUGCAUCUCUACAAUGCAUGGCUUCCACCGCCAGUGGCUGAGGCCACUAAGCGAGAGAAGGACUCCUUCUCCCGUGUUCUCAACUCCCUCAACCGCUCUUACCGACUCGACGAUCCCGAUUCCGUUUACUCCACUCUCCGAUGGGUUUCCGUCAUCGACCUUUUCAUAAAGGCAAAAAGUGAGUUAUCUUUGGAAGAUGUGACUUCUGCUGUGGAGGUUGGGUUAGAAUUGUUUCACAAAUCAGAAAACAAGCUUUACGUCCAGGUUAGAUGGGGGAAUGUUCUGAUUAGAAUACUCAACAAAUAUCGAAAGAAAUUGUCCUUCCAAAUUCAAUGGCGGCCGCUCUAUGAUACUCUGAUACACACACAUUUCACCAGGAAUACUGGUCCAGAAGGUUGGAGACUGAGACAACGACAUUUUGAGAUGAUUACGUCCCUUGUUCGGUCUUGUCGAAGGUUCUUCCCACCGGGUGCUGCAUUUGAGAUUUGGUCUGAGUUUAGAUCCUUAUUGGAGAAUCCAUGGCAUAAUGCAUCAUUUGAGGGGUCGGGGUUUGUGAGACUGUUUCUUCCUACAAACUUGGACAACCAGGAAUUCUUUUCAGAGGAUAGAGUUAAAGAGUGUAUAGAUCUGUGGGAAUCUAUACCAAGUUGUCAAUUUUGGAACAGUCAGUGGGCAGCCAUUAUAGCUCGUGCCAUAAAGAAUUACAACUUUAUUGAUUGGGAGUCUUUCUUACCCAUUCUUUUCAAUAGAUACUUAAAUAUGUUUGAGGUUCCAGUGGCAAAUGGAAGUGGGUCAUACCCUUUCUCAGUGGAUGUUCCCAGAAACACAAGGUUUUUGUUCUCCAAUAAAACAAUGACCCCAGCAAAGGCCAUUGCUAAGUCAAUUGUUUAUUUGUUGAAACCUGGUGGAUCAACACAGGAGCACUUUGAGAAAUUGGUCAACCUCUUAGAACAAUAUUACCAUCCCUCUAAUGGUGGACGGUGGACGUACUCAUUAGAGCGCUUUUUGAUGCAUCUGGUUUUAUCAUUCCAGAAACGCCUACAACAUGAACAACUGAACACAUGUGCGAAUAGUCUAGGAAGAUCAGAAAGGACUUCUUUUGUCAAUAUGCUGCUGAAGUUAAUUGAUCGUGGUCAAUACAGCAAAAAUGAGCAUCUUUCCGAAACUGUUGCUGCAGCCACUUCAAUUUUGUCGUAUGUGGAGCCUAUAUUGGUUCUCCCUUUUGUUGCAUCUCGGUUCCAUAUGGCCUUGGAAACGAUGACUGCCACCCAUCAAUUAAAAAUUGCUGUGAUGUCAGUAGCUUUUGUCGGGCGUUCACUAUUUCUGACGUCCCUAUCAGCUUCUGCAGUAAAACCUGUUGAUCUUGAUGGUGGUGAUGAAUUCAUAGAACUUAUGAUGCUUUCAUUGUCCAAUGCAUUGCUUGGUAUGGAUGCCAAUGAUCCUCCUAAAACCUUGGCAACCAUGCAAUUAAUUGGUUCCAUAUUUUCUAAUUUGGCUUUGUUAAGCGAUAACAUAGAUGAGCUUCCAGUCAUGCCAAUGAUUCGCUUUUCUGAAUGGCUGGAUGAGUUCCUAUGCCGGCUAUUUUCGUUGCUUUUACACUUGGAACCAAGCAGUGUUGUAAAUGAAGGUUUGCAUUCAUCAUCAACAUCUGGAACUUUUCUGGUUGAGGACGGUCCAUACUACUUCUGCAUGCUUGAGAUUUUGUUUGGAAGACUAUCACAACCCUUGUAUAAUCAGGCCUUAAAGAAAGUUUCCAAGUUUGUUAGAACCAAUAUUCUUCCUGGGGCAAUUGCAGAGGUUGGAUUGCUUUGUUGUGCAUGUGUUCAUACAAACCCAGAAGAUGCAAUAACUCAACUUGUUGAGCCGACUUUAUUGUCUGUUAUAUCCUCUUUAAAAGGAAUACCAGCUACUGGAUUUGGAGGAAGAGGAACUCCUGAUGCGUCUGUUUCAACCAAGGCCAAACCCUCAAUUUCUCCCGCUCUUGAAACGGCAAUUGAUUAUCAGCUGAAGAUAUUAUCAGUAGCUAUCAGUUAUGGAGGCCCUGCACUUCUACGCUAUAAAGAUCAACUCAAAGAAGCCAUCAUUUCUGCUUUUGAGUGUCCAUCUUGGAAGGUCAAUGGAGCUGGUGAUCACCUUCUGCGAUCCCUUCUUGGAAGUCUGAUUCUUUAUUAUCCCAUCGAUCAGUACAAGUGUGUUUUACGACAUCCAAAUGCUGCUGGAUUAGAGGAAUGGAUUAGCACAAACGAUUUUUCUGAUGAUAAACAUUUGGCGGAACCCAAGUGGCAUGUUCCAAGUGUUGAAGAAGUUCAGUUUGCAAAUGAACUUUUGGACCUUCAUUUUAGUUCAGCUUUGGAUGAUCUUCUCAAAAUAUGUCAAACUAAAACUCAUUCCGAUCCAGGAGAUGAGAAAGAACACUUGAAAGUGACUCUUUUGCGUAUAGAUUCGUCCUUGCAAGGUGUUUUGUCUUGUUUACCAGAUUUUAUUCCAUCUUCAAGAAAUAAGAUUGUAGAAGAUCAGGAGCAUAUCUCGUUUUUAUUAGCUGGAGCAACUGGUUCGACUGUUGGCAGUAUUGCUCUGCGUGAAAAGGCUGCUGAGAUCAUACACACUGCUUGCAAAUACUUAGUAGAGGAAAAAUCAGAUGACAGCAUCCUUUUGAUACUCGUUAUUCGUAUUAUGGACGCUUUAGCGAACUAUGGAAGUUUGGAAUAUGAUGAAUGGGCAAAUCACAGGCAGGCUUGGAAGUUAGAAUCUGCUGCUAUAAUAGAACCUCCAAUAAAUUUUAUUGUGUCAUCCCAUUCUAAGGGAAAAAGAAGGCCGAGAUGGGCACUUAUUGACAAGGCAUAUAUGCACAAUACAUGGAGAUCCUCACAGUCAUCAUACCAUUUAUUUCGCACCAGUGGAAAUUUCUAUCCAUCAGACCAUGUGAAUCUUUUGAUGGAUGAUCUUCUAAAUCUUUCAUUGCAUAGCUAUGAAACUGUUCGUGCGCUUGCUGGAAAAUCACUUUUGAAGAUGAUAAAGAGAUGGCCGACUAUGAUUUCAAAGUGUGUUCUCACUCUCACCGAGAACUUACGGAACUCCAGCUCACUAGAAUAUGCUGUGCUAGGUUCUUGUGCAGUCCUUGCAACACAAACAGUUCUCAAGCAUGUGACAACGGACCCAAAGGCAUUCUCGUCAUUUAUUCUUGGGAUUCUUUCGAGCUCUCAUCACGAGUCGCUGAAAUCCCAGAAAGCUAUAAAUGAGCUUUUUGUCAAGUACAACAUCCACUUUUCUGGAGUGUCUAAAAGCAUUUUUAGGACGUCAAACGAUCAAUUAGAGGGGCAAGACUUUGGGGAUUUGGUUUCUCAGAUUGUUUCCAUGAGUUUUGAUUCUAUUGGCUUGCAUUGGAGGUACAAUCUGAUGGCUAAUAGAGUUCUACUCCUGUUGGCUAUGGGAUCUAGGAAUGACUCAAGUUCCUCCUCAAAAAUUCUUAGUGAAACUGCUGGUCAUUUCUUAAAAAAUUUAAAAAGUCAACUUCCACAAACAAGAAUACUUGCCAUUUCCGCUUUGAAUACUCUGUUAAAAGAGUCACCGUAUAAACUUUCAGCUGAAGAACAGACUAAUUAUUCUGGGAAUUUACAAGAAAUUAGAAAAUCAUCCCUAGAGGGUGAAUUAACUCAAAUAUUUAUGGAAGAUGGGUUUUUUAAUGAGACUUUAAAUAGUCUUUCACACGUUCACAUCACUACUGAUACUGAUAGCACAUCUUCAAGGGGAAGUUAUGGAAAUUCUUCUUUUCAGAGCCUAGCUGAUAAAUCAAUCACCCGUUUUUAUUUUGACUUUUCUUCUUCAUGGCCGCGUACUCCUAGUUGGAUAUCUUUGUUAGGUACUGAUAAUUUUUACUCAAACUUUGCACGGAUUUUCAAGCGGUUGGUACAAGAAUGUGGCAUGCCUGUUUUAUUGGCACUCAAGAGUUCUUUGGAAGAGUUUGCACUUGCAAAGGAGAGAUCUAAGCAAUGUGUUGCUGCGGAAGCUUUUGCCGGUGUGUUGCAUUCUGAUGUCAAUGGUCUUGUUGAAGCUUGGGACAGCUGGAUGGGGGUCCAGUUGCAGAAUAUCAUCCUAUCGCAGUCUGUUGAAUCAAUACCUGAAUGGGCAGCUUGUAUACGUUACGCAGUAACUGGAAAAGGAAAAUACGGAACAAAAAUUCCUCUUCUGAGGCAGCAAAUACUGGAUUGUUUAUCUACACCUCUACCUUCAACAGUAACUACUACUGUUGUUGCCAAGCGUUAUGCUUUUCUUUCGGCUGCACUUAUCGAAAUAUCCCCUCAAAAGAUGUCAGCAACUGAAGUUCGGCUCCACUUUAAACUUCUGGAGGAGCUACUUGCUAAUAUGUGCCAUUCAUCUGCCCAAGUAAGGGAAGCUAUAGGUGUUACUCUUUCGGUGUUGUGCUCAAAUAUUCAGCUUUAUGCAUCAGUUUGUCAUAAACAUUCACAAGAAGGAGAGAAUAUGGAUCUUGACAGCCAACUUCAACAGAGAAGUUGGAUUCAGAUUCUCAAAAAACGAGCUUCUGAGGUGGUAGUAAACAUUCAGCAUAGCAAUCAAUCAGACAGCUUGGAGACCAAGAAGAAUGCAAGUCAAAAUGGGCAUUUGAAUGGUGAUUCACAAGAUGAUGUCAAAUGGAUGGAGACGCUUUUCCAUUUCAUCAUCUCAUCUCUGAAGUCGGGGAGAUCAUCAUAUUUGCUGGAUGCAAUUGUCGGUCUUCUUUAUCCUGUAAUAUCUUUGCAGGAGACAUCAAAUAAAGAUUUGUCAACCUUGGCCAAGGCAGCUUUCGAAUUGUUAAAGUGGAGGGUUUUCUGGGAACCCCAUCUCCAGGAAGCUCUAUGUGUGAUUCUUUCUUCAGCAAAUGAUUCCAACUGGAGAACGAGAUCUGCAACAUUGACGUUCCUGCGAACUUUUAUGUACAGGCACACCUUCAUUCUUUCAAGCACAGAGAAGCAGAAAAUCUGGAAAACUGUUGAGAAGCUACUUGUAGACAACCAAGUUGAGGUAAGAGAGCAUGCUGCAGCAGUUCUAGCAGGUCUCAUGAAGGGCGGGGAUGAAGAUCUAGCUAAAGACUUUCGCGAUAAAGCUUACAAGGAAGCAAAUACCCUUCAACGGAAAAGGAAACAGCGAAAUUUGAGUUCAAGUCCAUCAGUAGCUUCCAUACACGGGGCUGUACUCGCAUUGGCAGCUUCUGUGUUGUCCGCCCCUUACGACAUGCCCAGUUGGUUGCCUGAGCAUGUUACAUUACUAGCUCGCUUUGUUGGAGAGGCCUCGCCUGUGAAAUCUACAGUUACGAAAGCUGUUGCAGAAUUCCGCCGCACCCAUGCAGACACAUGGAAUAUUCAAAAAGAUUCUUUUACCGAAGAACAACUCGAGGUUCUUGCUGAUACAUCGUCAUCAUCGUCGUACUUCGCUUGAUUUUUACAAUGUAUUUGUUUGUAGUGAGAGAAUAGAUAAGUUUGUUAAAACAUUGAUUGAGAUUGAUAGCAAGAAAUAAUGUAUUGAAUUAUUCUUCUGGUCAUAGUUUAUAAAAAUGAGCUUCAUUUACAUUUUCCAUCA